AGUCGGGCGGGGGGCGCAAGGGGAGGGGAGCAGCGGGCUUGGCCAGCCCUGGCUGGCCAGGCGUUUGCGAAAGCGGCGGUGGCGGCCGGCAUGGGCGAUGGGGGCACUGAGCGCGACCGUGGCCCCACACGCCGGGAGUCGCGCGACGGUCGCGGCGCGGACCGCGGCGGAGCCGAGGACUCGAACGCCGAUGCUGGCGGCCGCAGCCCAGGGGAGAUUGCCGGGACCUCAGCCGCCAGCCCCGCGGGCUCCAGGGAGAGCGGUGCCGACAGCGACGGGCAGCCCGGGCUUGGCGAGUCAGACCAUUGCCGCCGCAUCCUGGUGCGAGAUGCCAAAGGGACCAUCCGGGAAAUUGUCCUGCCCAAGGGCCUGGACCUGGACCGACCCAAGAGGACCCGCACAUCCUUCACAGCCGAGCAGCUAUACCGCCUGGAGAUGGAGUUCCAGCGCUGCCAGUACGUGGUGGGUCGUGAGCGCACUGAGCUGGCCCGCCAGCUGAACCUCUCUGAGACACAGGUGAAGGUCUGGUUCCAGAACCGCCGCACCAAACAGAAGAAAGACCAGAGCAGAGACCUGGAGAAGCGGGCAUCCUCCUCGGCGUCCGAGGCCUUCGCCACCUCCAACAUCCUGAGGCUGCUGGAGCAGGGCAGGCUGCUGUCUGUGCCCAGGGCCCCCAGCCUCCUGGCACUGACCCCCAGCCUGCCGGGCCUGCCUGCUGGCCACAGGGGCACCUCCUUGGGUGACCCCAGGAACUCAUCCCCGCACCUGAACCCACUGACCUCAGCCUCUGCAUCCCCUCCGCUGCCACCUGCUCCUCCAGCGCUCUGCUUUUCCACGGCCCCACUCCUGGACCUGCCUGCCGGCUAUGGACUGGGCUCCUCAGCCUUUGAGCCCUACAGCAGGCCCUACAGCCGGCUAGAACGGAGAGUAGGCAGCCCCAGUGGUGCCAAGAAAGCUAACGCUUAAGCCUCCGCCCCCAUGUGACACUUCGUCCCCAAGCACAGCACCACCCCACCUCCCAAGCCCAGAGGAGGUGGGCAGCCACAAGCCUCCACCGACCUGCCCCACAGCUCAGAGACUGUCGACCGUGACCAGACAGCCGUGGUCACGCAGCUCGUGUGUGUGAGUGCCGUGUGAGUGCGUGCGCCUCUCACUGAAAUAAACGGAUAACAAUGAC